AGCCCUAUCUGCAGUGCCUGGGGGGCACUGGGGGGUUAGGUGUCUUUCUCAAGGAAACCUCAGUCAUGUGCUGUCAGCUCUGGGGAUCGAACCGGCAAUCUUCCGGUCACAGGGCCGUUUCCUUAAUCUCCAGUCCACAAUUGUCCCAAAAUGCUCCUGUUGGGAUCAACAGAACUGUUGAAGACCGCCUAGCUUCUGUUUUUCUCACAAUGCGCAAGUUACGUUACUAUGUUUCUCCACGGUGCUGUUAGCUGAAUCAUUGAGCCCUUAGACUGAAAAACUGACCAAAGUCCAGCACACCGAGCUUUGGCAUGAGUGCUAAUGAAAGACAGCCUGCCUGAGGGACCAUCUGGUGAAAAUGCUGAGAUCUGCUGCUGCUUCUCUGCUGCUGCUCACGUGUCUUUUACAGGACAGUGUCGGGGAGACUGAAGAUUUGUCCAGCUCUUUCAUCCAACUGGACAUCGCAGGAGUACUGAAGAGUCUGAAAGACCUGGUCAAUCAUCAAGCAGCUGCGAUAGCGGAGCUGAAGAAAGAGAAUGCAGCCUUGAAGAAAGAGGUGGACAAUCUGAAGAAUGAAAGUGCAGUGCAAGCAAGUGAACUUUCAAGUGUGAAGCGUGAGCUGGAGGAUGUGAAGAAUGAGAGUGCAGGGAAGCAAAAGGUGGCUUUCUCGGCUGGGCUAGGCCUGCCCGCGGGACAGAGGGGACCGUUUAACGUUGAUACUACUCUGAUCUACAAACAAGUCCUUACAAACGUUGGAGGCGCCUACAACCCAUACACAGGCAUCUUCACAGCUCCGGUCAGAGGGGUCUACUACAUUCGCUUCACAUCUGGCAUAUAUGGCAACAAGAGCAACAAUAUAGGACUGAAUCUGUACAAAAACGAGCAGCAUCUGAUGCAUCUGGGUGAACUUGGUGCAGAUGGUGCAACAAAGCAUAUCUCGAGUGGAGUCACUCUGGAGCUGGUGGCGGGAGAUGUGGUGUACACCCGCCUCCCAGCAAACUACGUGGUCUGGGAUAAUUCAGCGCUCCGUACGAGUUUCAGUGGCUUCCUCAUCUUCCCCAUGUGAAAAGAGUAGAAGUCCUAGAGAGAGAGUUGCUGAGGGGCUUGAUCUUGCUUGCACUGAAAAUCAACUCAUGUGAGCAAGACCUUCGGCUAAAAAGCUGCUUGAGUUUUACCCCAAUAAUCACAUUUGGUACACUGUGUACUAAUCUACUUAAAAUAACAAACAAAAUGCACCAACGAAUCUACGUUAUCAUUUGACCUGCUCAAUGGACAGUAGAUGUAUUCCUUUGCUGGCAAAAUCUGUCAAAUGAUCCCCUUUUAAAGUCAUCUCUGGUUGCUGAAAGUUACCGGGUUGGACAGUAAUAAAGUAGAACUACUCCA